CCCCCUUCUUUGACCUGCUGUGCUGAACACGGACUACCAGAUGCUCCAUGCCCUGGCCAAGCACGGCGGAAUGUCGCUAAGCAUCGUCUGUGAUGGAGAUCUAUGGAUCGAUGAUCACCACACCGCAGAGGAUUGCGCACUAGCUCUCGGCGAAGCCUUCAAAGCCGCCUUGGGUCCAGUGAAGGGUAUCAAGCGGUACGGCACUGGUCACGCCCCUUUGGACGAAGCGCUAUCACGCGCGGUGAUUGACAUCUCCUCUCGACCAUUCUGCGUGGCCGAGUUGGGUCUCAAGAGGGAAAAGAUUGGAGAUUUGAGCUGCGAAAUGAUUCCUCACGUCUUUCACAGCUUCGCCAUGGCAGCUGGCGUCACGCUCCACGUAGACUGUCUAAGAGGCGACAAUGACCAUCACAGAUCCGAGAGCGCUUUCAAAGCUCUGGCCUUAGCCAUCAAGGAGGCCGUCUCUCGGACAGGACUGGACGACGUCCCUUCGACAAAGGGUGUCUUGUAGUUUUGGAAAUGCUAUGCUGGACAGUCAUGUCAUAUCCUUUCAUUUUCCGCGCAGCAGCCUGAAUUGAAUCCGAAUCGUGCGAGGUUAGCUGCUUUGUGCCGCCUGAAUGGCCUCACUGGUGCUGCUUGACUUGCAAGCUUAGCACUGGCCUGAUCUUGAUCUACACCUGAAUUGCCUGACGGGAUGCAAGCUUGUGACUCGCUU